CACUCGGCGCGCGCGGCCCCAGUUCCUGUGCGUGCUCCAGCCUUGCGGGGCCGGGCUGGGCGUCAUGUCGCUGGCUGCAGAGGCGUUCGUGAGCCAGAUCGCAGCUGCAGAACCUUGGCCUGAAAAUGCUGCAUUGUAUCAGCAAAUGAAGGAGGAGCAAAUUUUGCUUUCUGAUAAUGCAUCUUCUCUUGCUGUUCAGGCCUUCUUGCAAAUGUGCAGUCUGCCAGUCCAGGUGGUUUGUCGGCCAAAUGCAGAAUAUAUGUCCCCAUCUGGCAAAGUACCGUUCAUUCAUGUGGGAAAUCAAGUAGUGUCUGAACUUGGCCCCAUAGUCCAGUUUGUAAAAGCCAAGGGCCAUUCACUCAGUGAUGGGUUGGAUGAAGUCCAAAAAGCUGAGAUGAAAGCCUACAUGGAAUUAGUCAAUAAUAUGCUAUUGACAGCAGAGCUGUAUCUUCAGUGGUGUGAUGAUGCUACAGUAGAGGAGAUCACUCAUCCAAGGUACGGAUCCCCUUAUCCUUGGCCUCUUAAUCGCAUUUUGGCCUACCAGAAACAAUGGGAAGUCAGACGAAAGAUGAAAGCCAUUGGCUGGGCUGGCAAAUCACUUGAACAGGUGCUUGAAGAUGUAGAUCAGUGUUGUCAAGCACUUUCUCAGAGGUUGGGAACGCAGCCAUACUUCUUCAAUAAGCUGCCAACAGAACUAGAUGCUCUGGUAUUUGGACACCUUUUCACUAUUCUCACUACUCAACUGACCAGCGAUGAACUCUCUGAAAAAGUGAAAAACUACAGCAACCUUGUAGCAUUUUGCAGAAGAAUAGAGCAGCAGUACUUUGAGGGUCGAGAUAAAGACAGCUCUUCUACAUCCAGAUUUUCAAAGGGGCCUUUACUGAGAUAGAUGUUUGGUUGGACAGGGGUGGAACAGUUUCUGAAGUUUUCUGAUUUAAUUAUUUAACAGGCUUGUUUUGGUUUUAAAAAUGAAAGCAUGUAAUAACCUCUGAAGCUGCCAAAUUAUUCUGGAAUAAGAGAUGUUCUUAAUGUCGCUUUGUGGUAUAGAAUUCAUUGUGUACGUCUACCAUGGGCUGUCUUCACUUCAAUAGCCUGUAUGCCAUGUUAAUUCUGAAGUGACCUUGGAACACUACUGUAUUGGUAUUUAAAAUAAAACAUACCUACUUGAAAGUUU